ACUGCUCUCUUUUCUUUCUCAGCUUAUUCUUUCGCUUUCAUCUCCCAUAUCCAAACAUGGCUUAUGGCACUCUUGAAGUUGUUCUCGUUGAUGCCAAAACCUCCACAACACUGCUGGUCUUCUCGGUAAAAUGGAUCCCUAUGUCAUUUUCUCUGUGAAGACCCAAGAGAAAAGAAGCACUGUGGCCAAAGGGCAAGGAGUUAACCCAGAAUGGAACGAAAGCUUCUUAUUCACUGUGACUGAUGAUGUGACCGAACUUCGUUUGAAGAUCAUGGACAAAGAUACCUUGUCCUCUGAUGAUUUUGUUGGAGAAGCAACCAUUCCCCUAGACCCAGCAUUGUUCAUUCACGGCAGCCUUCCACCGACUUCAUACAAUGUUGUCAACAAGCACCAGAAACAUCGCGGAGAAAUCAAACUUGGACUCAAUUUCACUCCUGAUCCUCAUCAGAACUAUUGAAGAACCUUUUCCUUCUAAACCUAUGUAUGCUGGUGCUGCUGAGGAGAGAGCUGUAUACGGGGCAUGGAAACCAUUAUCAACUUUCUAAGAACCACACAGCACACAGUGUAAUAUUGAAUAAUCUGCUCAUUUCCGCAGUCUGAGAGAAUAAUAAAAAGCUUAUUUUACUAG